AGUAUUUAAAAAUAAGUAUGGAAAACAAGAUCAGAAACAAAAGAUAUGAAGGUAGAGAUUAUAGCUCAAGAAGGACAGAUUUUGCCACUAUUGAUUAUAAUGACCUUGAAGAUAUCCAUAUUGAGGACCUAAAAAAAGAAGUUAAUAGAGCUAAUGCCAAGAAACAACGCAUUGAAGUAGAUCUUGAAAAACUCCAAACUCAGGAGACCCGCUUUCAAUCUUUAUUAAACAGAGCUGAAAAAUUCAGCGGUGGUAAGAGAAAAAGGGAAGAAUCUGAAGAAAAAGCUCCCUCAAAAAGAGCCAAAAUUAACGAAAAAGACGAACCAAAAGAGGCCUCCAACGAGCCCCCCAAAGAGACCCCCAAACCAAACAGCUUACAAGAAAAACUACGAAGACUUCAAGAAAAGAAGAGCGGUAAACCCCUCCCCCAGACACCAUCUAAAGACGAAAAGGAAGAGAGCAGCCCUGCAAAGACCCCUAAGACUCCCCUCGGUAAUGGAAGACCCUUUAACUUUGUCAAUGUACUACAGAAGGCUAAAUCAAACCUCAGUGCAGAAACAUCCAAGCUCAACCAGAGAGAGAAGGUCAAUGAGAAGAUUUUUAGGAAGAAGAUUGAUAAGAUAGUAGAGUCUAAAGAUGAACUGGAAAGAAAGAAGCUAGAGAACGAGAAGACUGUGAUUAUUCUUAAUCAUAAGUACCAAACACUUAAGAAGAUUAAGACUUGCCAGAUGAUGAAGAACCACCUAUCAACUAACUGAGAGCCGAAGAUAUUCUGGAAACCAGCCAAAGGAGAACUUGAAGGCCUUAUUACGAAGAACAGAGAGAAGUACGAACACCAGAUUAAGAUCAUUAAGGAUGAGUCCUUAAAGAAACUCAAGGAGAAGGUCGAUGAGCAAUCUGGGAAAUCUGAGGAUAAAAGUAUUAAAGAGGUUGAGUAAUUUCAAUUAUUGAG